AGAUUUCCUCCCAACGAGCGGCGGCUGCCGGAGCUUGUGGCGGAGAGCCGGAGAAGGUCCGUCGCUGCAAUCUCUGUUUAGAAAAACGCGCACACACACACUCACACCCGCGAUUCUCGGGGCACCGCGGUCUGGAGGCAGCAGCAGCAGCAGCAGCAGCAGCGAUGGAUGCGCCACUGUCCUCUGGCUGGUCUCAUCACUGACCGCUCCACGGCCGACAGAAAAGCCGCCUGCCGCGUUGGAUGCUUCAGUGCCCAUAAGAGAGGGGGGGGCGUCCCUGUGAUCUUGUUUCUCCACUACCAGGGUCCAGUGUCACAGCGCCGGGACAGGUGACGAGGAGACGCAACCAUGAGCGACCAGAACGUCGUCAAGGAGGGCUGGGUCCAGAAAAGAGGUGAGUACAUCAAGAAUUGGCGACCGCGCUACUUCCUGUUGAAGGCAGACGGCUCCUUCAUUGGCUACAAGGACAAGCCACAGGACGCUGACCUGGCCUACCCCCUCAACAACUUCUCCGUAGCAAAAUGUCAGCUGAUGAAGACCGAGCGACCCAAACCAAACACCUUCAUCAUCCGCUGCCUCCAGUGGACCACGGUCAUCGAGAGGACCUUUCACGUGGACUCCCCGGACGAGAGGGACGAGUGGGCAGAGGCCAUCCAGAUGGUUGCCGAGUCUCUGGCCAAGCAGGAAGAGGAGGGGAUCCUCUGCAGCCCCACCUCACAGAUUGAAAAUGUCAACGAGGAGGAGAUGGACACCUCCAUCAGCCACCACAAACGGAAGACAAUGAAUGACUUUGACUAUCUGAAACUACUGGGCAAAGGCACUUUUGGGAAAGUCAUUCUGGUGAAGGAGAAAGCAAGUGGCACCUACUAUGCCAUGAAGAUCUUGAAGAAGGAAGUGAUCAUAGCCAAGGAUGAAGUCGCUCACACACUCACAGAAAGUAGAGUAUUAAAAAAUACCCGGCACCCGUUCUUAACUUCGCUGAAAUACUCAUUCCAGACGAAGGACCGACUGUGCUUCGUCAUGGAAUACGUCAACGGAGGAGAGCUUUUUUUCCACUUGUCGAGAGAACGAGUGUUUUCAGAGGACCGCACCCGUUUCUACGGCGCCGAGAUCGUGUCCGCUCUGGACUACCUUCAUUCUGCCAAGAUCGUCUAUCGAGACCUGAAGCUGGAGAACCUGAUGUUGGACAAAGAUGGCCACAUCAAGAUCACCGACUUUGGCCUGUGCAAAGAGGGCAUCACCGACGCUGCCACCAUGAAGACCUUCUGUGGAACACCAGAGUACCUGGCUCCAGAGGUGUUGGAGGACAACGACUACGGCCGGGCGGUGGACUGGUGGGGUCUGGGUGUGGUGACAUAUGAGAUGAUGUGUGGCCGGCUGCCGUUCUACAAUCAGGACCACGAGAAGCUGUUUGAGCUCAUCCUCAUGGAGGAGAUAAAGUUCCCCCGCACGCUUUCAGCCGACGCCAAGUCCCUGCUAUCUGGCCUGCUCAUCAAGGACCCCAACAAACGGCUGGGCGGUGGGCCAGAUGAUGCUAAAGAGAUCAUGCGUCACAGUUUCUUUUCCACAGUCGACUGGCAAGACGUCUAUGAUAAGAAGCUGGUCCCGCCAUUCAUGCCCCAGGUCUCCUCGGAGACAGACACCCGCUACUUUGACGAGGAGUUCACAGCACAGACCAUCACCAUCACUCCACCGGAAAAAUACGACGAAGACGGGAUGGACGCGGCGGACAGCGAGCGGAGACCCCACUUUCCCCAGUUCUCCUACUCAGCCAGCGGGCGGGAGUGAGCGCUCCCGAGCCCCACCAGGCCAGCCAGUAUCGCCCCCCCCCCCCCAUUCGUGGCCAUUUUGAGGAAAACACGUAGCCAUUUUAGGAAGAAGAAGAAAAAAAAAAAGUCUCCCCUCUUUUUUCUCCUUCUCUGCCUCCACGCAGACAGGGAGAAGUCUUUUUAGGGACUUUAAAAGAGGUUUUUGCACAGUGGGGUAGACUCUGAUCGGUCUCCCCACACUAAAAAAAAAACAAACAAAAAAACAAACAAAAACAAACAAAAAAAACAACAAAAAAAUAAGUCUCCUCCAUUUCCGGCGCUAUUUACUGCAGAAGGCAAUGUUUUUGUUAUUUAUUUUUUCUUUCGCCACCAUUAUGACUUUGUAGAUCCGGGUUCCUCCCCAACCCCCACCCCACCCCACCCCACCCCACCCCACCCUCCUCCUCCCCCUCUUCAAAUUAUUUUGACUUUUUUUGCACUUGGUUUG